AUGUUCGUCACGCGAACCGUAGCUGUGGUUGUAGUCGCCGUGGUGUCCGUUGCGAUCGUGGUGACGGGAUUGAUCGUAGGGCUAACGACACGCAGUUGUGAGGAGCUACAGGAGACGACGACACUUGUGCCGUCAACGCAGCCGCCGACCGCGACGGCUUCGAAACCGUCAUCGAGUGCGACGAUCGUAACGACGAUGGAUAAAACAACCCCGGAGCCAACGACACCGGUACCGACCGCGCGACCAGAGCUUCUACUACCCGGCAAUAUUGUGCCAACCUACUACUCAUUGUAUUUAUGGCCGGAUUUAACUGAUUUCAAAACUAGUGGCUGGGUUGAUAUAACCGUCACGUGUACAAACCCGACAUCUAGUUUCAUUGUGCAUUCUACGCGCAGUAAAUGCGAGGUCAUUCAGUCGAAGACGUCGAUUCGGAGCGUCGGGAGCGAAAACGCAUUGAAGAUUACCGCGCAGAAAUAUAUCGAAGAGAAAGAGUUCUUCGAAAUCACGUUAGACAAGGCUCUGAACAAAGAUGGGGAAUAUGUUGUGCAUCUCGAGUUCGAAGGCAACGUUGAGGAAGAUCUAGCCGGCCUCUACCUCAGUUCAUACACUGAUGCAGAUCAGACCGUAAAGUACUUGGUGACAACGCAAAUGCAACCUACAAAUGCUCGUCGAGCAUUUCCCUGUUUCGACGAACCGAAGUACAAGGCUGUCUUUAACGUAACGCUGGUACGAGCUCAGCACAUGCUGUCCCUCAGCAACAUGGAUAUCGUUUCGGAGUCGGAGCCCAUUGCUCCAGACGUGCAGGAACUAGUGUAUUGCACGGCCAUAGCCAAUGGCAAUGAGGAGGAAUGGAACUUCGCAUGGGAGCAAUUUAACAGCUCCAAUGUCGCAUCUGAAGAAACCAAGCUGCUGCGCUCAAUGGCAUGCACGAACGAAAUGUGGAUCUUGGAAAUGUUUCUUAAACGAACGCUACUUAUGGAUGGUAUCAAAAGGACACAAGGCGAUAGCGUCAUAAGCUACGUGGCUAAUAACGUCGUAGGCAACGUGUUAGCGUGGAACUUCCUUCGUGAGAACUGGUCAACGCUUUACGGACGCUACAAGCACAGUUUCUCUGCCAUGGACCGCAUGGUUAAGAGCUGUACUGACCGUUUUAACACGCAGUGGGAGCAGGAUCAGGUGCGAGCAUGGGCACGACCUGAGCUAAUUCACCAAGCAGAGUAUGCUCUCAAUACGACAGCUGCCAUUAUGGAAGCGUUCGAAGACUACUUCAAUCUCUCAUACCCUUUAAAGAAAACAGAGCUCAUCGCUAUACCCGAUUUCUCUGCCGGAGCGAUGGAAAACUGGGGACUUGUGACAUAUCGCGAAGAACGGAUGCUGUAUGAAGAAGGCGUCUCAACCAGUGCCGAUAAGAAAUCCAUAGCGCGAGUUAUUGGACAUGAACUCACACAUAUGUGGUUUGGUAACCUUGUGACAUGUGAAUGGUGGGACCAUCUCUGGUUGAACGAAGGAUUUGCAUCGUACUUCCAGUAUGUAGGUGCAGAUUUCGUCGAGCCGGAGUGGAUGUUGCUCGACCAGUUCGUCGUAGACAAUAACCCACUAGCCUUUGCUUCCGAUGCGCUGGCGACAUCACAUCCGGUCGUUGCCGACGUUCUCACAAACUCGGAGAUUCAGGGUAUAUUUGAUCGGAUAUCGUACCAGAAAGGUGGAGCGCUCAGCCAGAUGAUGCAAGCAAUGCUGCACGAGGACGUGUGGCUAGCUGGACUAAUGGAGCACCUGAAACGACUCCCCUACAAGACAGCGAACACGGAUCAGCUAUGGGAAUCUAUCCAAAGUGCGGUAGAUGCCAAAGGUGUUAGUAGCAGACUAGAUGGCAUGACCGUGAAGGAAGUUAUGGACACCUGGACACUGCAAAGUGGCUACCCUCUACUGAACGUGUCAAUUGACUACGCGAGCGGUGACGUCACCGUUUCACAGAGCCACUUCCUCCUGGACCCGACCGGCAUUCAGCCACCAGACAGCGAUUACGGGUACAAGUGGGAAGUUCCGUUCUUUUACACGACAGCAAGCGAAGGUACCUUUGAGACUCCGAAUGUUGAGUGGCUUCACCCAGACCGUGACGUCGAGAUGACCAUCUCAGAAAAUAACUGGCUUAUUGGAAACGCUGGCGUGAAAGGUUUUUACAGAGUCAUGUACGACGACAAGAACUGGGAAAAUAUCAUUAACCAGCUUAAGGAUAGUCACACGAAAAUUAACACUAGGAACAGAGCUCAGUUAUUUGAGGACGCUUUCACGUUGGCCAAAGCUCUACUGAUGAAUCAGACACAUGCGCUAGAACUGACUGAAUAUCUGAAUGAUGAAAGCGACUAUCUACCAUGGCACACGGCUCUAACGCAGCUCAGUUAUCUAGACCUCAUGUUGAGUAGAUCAUCCUCUUACGGUCUUUUCAAGGCUUACAUGGUGCUACAGAUAGACAAACUAUAUAAUGAGAUUGGCUGGCAAAUCUAUAGCGACGAAGAGCAAAUGAAAACGUUUAGCACAGGUGGAGCUGUUUACCGCGGAAUGUAA